AAAACAGCAGAGCAGGAAUCAAAACAAGAGACGGACACGCCUUCGCUCUUACAGGUUUUAGCAGCUUAUUUCGUCUACCUGCAGCAAAUAUAAACGAACCCCCAGGCAGCCUCUCGUCCGCCGAGGAGACGCAGAAGCAGGAGCUAAAAAAAGAAACGCCCCAGCCAGCAAGACAAACCAGCGGAGUCCAGACAGUGCAGAAAUGGAGUCCACAGAAAUGUCAGACGGCGCUGACGGCAGUCGCUGAUAGAAGGACGAACACAACACUGACGUCCGAGUCCUGCAACAUGCCCAACCAGAAGAGCACCAAGGGCAAGAAGAGCAGGCGGGCCAACAGCAGCGGGGAUGAGCAGGAAAACGGAGCCUGCGCGGGCGCGUCGGGGGGCGCUCCCGCGGCCGCGGCUCCCGGGAGCGAGCGCUGCAGCGAGGGCCAGUGUGCCACUCCUCUGGGCUGCAGCCUGGGCCGACCCAUCGACCUGGAGAAGGACGACUAUCAGCGGGUUCUCUGCAACAACGAGAUCUGCCCUUACGGCAACUGGAUGCACCUGCAGUGUUUCUACGAGUGGGAGAGCUCCAUCCUCGUCCAGUUCAACUGCAUCGGCCGCGCGCGGUCCUGGAACGAGAAGCAGUGCCGGCAGAACAUGUGGACCAAAAAGGGCUACGACCUGGCCUUCAGGUUCUGCUCCUGCCGGUGCGGACAGGGCCACCUGAAGAAGGACACCGACUGGUACCAGGUGAAACGCAUGCAGGAUGAGCGCAAGAAGAAGUCGUCGGAGAGGAGUACCGGCAGGAGCGGGGCCAACGGGGGCGCCGCGGGCUUCAGGGACGGCUUUUUUGAGGAGCCCAAGAAAAGCAAAGCAACGGGAGGAACAGGAGGCAAACUGGCUCACAGAGCGUCCAGUCAGGAGUUACCUCGAAGACAAUCAGUGGACCGACAGAACUCUACAGAGAGAGGAGCAGCUGCAGCAGGGGGAUGUUUUCCUCUCGGGGCUCAUCCCAAAUCUCCAUGCGACUCCCCGGGAAUGUCUCCUCCGACUGGUUUCACCUUUGCCCCCGCUCCUGGCCUUGGACCAGGAGGUGGGGGGGCAGGUAUGCGGGGCGCCCGUCAGCUGGGUGAGUUCUUCAAAUCAGCCGUCCAUAUGGACCCGCAGAAGAAACACCUGCUGGUCGGGGGAGCCCUGGGUCGGGGCGGGGGCUGCGCACUGGGAGCUUCUGGCGGCGCAGCCGGCGGCCCUCAGCUGGAUCCCGGAUCUGUCCUUCCGUUCCAGCUGUCCUUCGCCUUCCCGCUUCACCACCGGCUCGGCCCCGGCGCCGGGGUCGACGGCGCGUCCCCUCACUCCGUGCAGUUCCUGAGGAGGCUGGACCUCUCAGAGCUCCUCACCCACGUCCCCCGCCAUAAACUCAACACGUACCACGUCCGCAUGGAGGACGACGCUCAGGCCGGCCAGGGGGAGGAGCUACGCAGGUUCAUCCUGUCUGCCCUCAGUGCGAGCGAGAGGAACGUGGUCAACUGUGCCCUGUGCCACCGCUCGCUCCCUGUGUUUGAGCAGUUUCCUCUGGUGGACGGGACGCUAUUUCUCAGUCCCUCACGCCACGAUGAGAUCGAGUACGACGUCCCCUGCCAUCUUCAAGGCCGGUUAAUGCACCUCUACGCCAUCUGUGUGGACUGUCUGGAAGGCGUCCACAAGAUUGUCUGCAUCAAGUGCAAGUCACGCUGGGACGGGAGCUGGCACCAGCUGGGAACCAUGUACACCUACGACAUACUGGCCGCUUCGCCUUGUUGUCAGGCCCGACUCAACUGUAAGCACUGCGGCAAGCCGGUGGUGGACGUCCGAGUUGGGAUGCAGUAUUUCUCCGAGUACAGCAACGUCCAGCAGUGCCCGCACUGCGGCAACCUGGACUAUCAUUUUGUUAAACCGUUCUCCUCUUACAAAGUGCUCGAGGCUUAUUGACAAAUGUUCUCUUGCAUGCUAGUUGAGCUGCUUCUGUUCUCUUUAUAUAUAAAACAAUCUAGGAAAGAUUUUAUUUUUGGGGCCUUAAGGUGGUUUUAAUGUUCUAAGUUCUUUUUGUAUGUAUAGAAAAAGUAUGAAUCUGGUCAAAAGACAACUAAAAGUUGGGCGAACGUGUCUCUGCUGUUAAAGAGAAGUGUUGAUAAAGUGUGGAAGUGACAUUUUAGUCAAGAACACACAUUUAUCUGUGACAAGUGAAUGUAUCUGUAUGCCAAAUUUGCUUUUAUUUUUUACCAAAAAAUAUCUUAAAUAAAAGAGAAAGAUUCA